CGAACAGUAAACAACAUUGACGACAAAACUGUUGCGCAUCAUUGUUGUCGUCUAGACUGGACGAUUCCGGCUCGAUCGACUUCAGAGAUGCCAUGGUCAAGUCGCGAAAGAAGUCACCGUGGCGAGAGCCGAAGAGCGCUCCUAGUUGUAUCACGAAGAGUGGGAGUUCUACCCAGGGAAGGGUUCCCGGCAAGAAGAGGCUUACCCUUCACCGAUCGUCGGCACCGUCUAGUGUCCAAAUGGAUAUUGAAGAACAGCUCCGCCGGCAACGAAAGAAGCAACAAGAGUCCAAAAUUGAGGACGAACGUGCGUUAAGAGAGAAUCCCAUGGUUUUGGGACGUUUGUUCUACGACAAAGAACGAGAUGCAUACUUUCCCAAGACUUCUUCGCUAGACUCUGUAAACGACAACUCUUUGCCAACGACGGUAGAGGUUGGAAAGGCUGAAAGCAAGGCCAAAAACAAUGCUUUCCCGUUCCUAUCGCACAACCCAGAUUGCCACAACGCGUCGUCACAUCGAUACUGCUACCUGAGCAACAUGUGUUCUUCGCCACUGAUGAAUAAACGUUUGCGAACCAGCUGGUAUUGUCGAGUUCUUUUGGAAAGUAUGAGACUGACACCGUGCGGGGCAUUUUCCAGGAAGAACUCUGUUUUGAAUACGAUGUUUCCGAGAACGUUUGAGGAUGAUCUUGACUGCAAAAUCAACUUGCCACGAUGGACUCGGACAUUUGACGUCCGACCGUCUAGUCAUGGGUCCUGUGCACUCGAUGUGGCGUCACUCGUGGGCGAACGGGCAGUACUACAGAGUGGCAUUGACGGUGCUGUCGUCAGCGUAGCCGGAUGUACAAGCGUUCGGAUGAUGGGAGAUUCGUUUCCGGGACACGUUGGGGUACUCAAGACCCGCGAGUAUCCGACUUUAUUUACACACUUUUCGACCCACUCUUCCGAAAGGACAACUUUGUAUGAAAUAUCCGCAAAGAUCAACGAUUUUUCGGUACUGGAUUCGCAGGUCAUUUUUGCCACCGGCGUACCAAGAAACCAACGACGUGGGCCAUGGGCUUUAAAAUCAAGAGGGUCGGACGGAACAUUUGGUCACGCUAGUCGCCUUGAAAUCAAGGAAGACUUUCCACAGUCCGACAUGAUGUGUGUGGAGGAGAUGGUAUCCUUUCAAAAAAACUCAGUCCUCCUUGGCCAUCGGAAUGGUCAAAUAACGCUCUUGGAUACGCGGCGACGAUCUUGCUUAUCGUCGAAAGAUGCGCCAGAGUUUGGUGCCGUGUCAAGCCUAAAUAGCUUGGAGGCGAAUGUUCAGGUUCUAGCUCGGGGAUAUUUUGGCACUUGUCGACUAUACGAUUUGCGAAAAAUUGGUUCCGGUACCAUGUCGAGGAUAGACUCGUCAGUCGUACACGAAUUCAGAGUACCAGAACAAUUGUCAACGACUCGAUUGACGAAUAAAUGUAGUGGUAUUGCUGCUGAUCCAACACAAAGCGCCGUAAUAUCACCGUUUGUAAAUCAAGAUGAAGUGCCUUGUUUAGGUCUUUGGUCGCUUUAUUCCGGAAUCUUUAUCGGAGCGAAGAAACUUGCUCCGCAAUGGGAAGAUACGACCCCGGCUUCUACUUCCUGGGGAGUCUCUUGGGUUGAGCUGUGCCGUCAGAUUACCCCAGGUCGACAAUGGCAUUUAUCUAAGUCUGAUGAGUUGAUGCCGCACAUAGUGGAUCUGCCUGACGCUUUUGGGCUUUGGUACAAAUGUGGGCAGUCAAUGGCCGGGCCUGUUCUCCCACCCGCGGCGGGAAAUAUACACCACGUCUAUGUUGAUGGCCACAUUCCAUCCGUGCAGUAG